AUGGCUCCGAUCACGAAGCAGUAUGACUACAUAGUCAUUGGUGGUGGAUCGGGUGGGAGUGGUGCUGCCAGAAGAGCAAGUGGAUGGUACGGUGCAAAGACAUGUAUCAUCGAUGCAGGUGUAUCAGGAGGCUGCUGCGUGAACGUUGGUUGCGUACCCAAGAAAAUGACCUGGAACUUUGCGUCCAUCAGCGAAGCCAUGGCAGCAGGCAAACACUACGGCUACAAAUUCGGCGACGGCAACUCCUUCGAUUUCAAGACUUUCGUCGAGAAGCGCGAUGCCAGAAUCAAAGUCCUCAACGGCGCCUAUGAGAAUAACUGGGCGAAAGAAGGCAUUGAUUUGAUCAAGGGCCAAGCAACAUUUGUUAGCGAGCACGAGAUGGAAGUCAAGCCCAAAGAUGGGGGUGAAGCAUUCAGGGUAAUGGCACCGCAUAUCUGCAUUGCGACUGGAUCAUAUCCGACAAUCCCGGAAGGGAUCAAAGGCACAGAAUACGGCAUUACCUCCGACGAGUUCUUCCUGAUCAAGCAUCUCCCCAAGAAGAUGGUGUUUGUCGGCGCAGGUUAUAUCGCGGUCGAGCUUGCAGGUGUGAUGAACGCCAUCGGCGUGGAGACGCACCUGUUCAUCCGUGGCAAUACCUUUUUGAGAAAAUUCGAUCCCAUGGUUCAAGAGACCAUGACCAAGCAUUAUGAAGAAAUCGGCGUCCACGUACAUCGAGAGCAUCCCGGUAUCAAGGAAGUCAUACAAUUGCAUCCUGGUAGCGCAGACGGCUCCGAUCCUCGAGAGAAGCAGCUUAAGUUAAUAAUGAACGAUGGCUCGGAGAUGAUCACCAAUGAACUAUUAUGGGCAAUUGGGCGAGGUCCAGAAACGAGGGGAUUGGGAUUGGAGAAUAUCCCGAUGAAAACGAACAAAAACGGUCAUAUUGUGGUGGAUAAGUAUCAGAACACAUCCGUUGAGGGUGUUUAUGCCCUCGGAGAUGUUACAGGCCAGGCCGAACUUACACCCGUCGCCAUCGCCGCCGGUCGCCAACUAGGUAACCGCGUCUUUGGCCCUCCUGAACUCAAAGAGUCGCACCUCGAUUACGAACGUAUCCCCUCUGUUGUUUUCUCGCACCCUGAAGUCGGCGCCACCGGCCUUACCGAGCCCCAAGCGAUCGAGCGCUACGGCAAAGAGAAUGUAAAAGUGUAUCACACGAAGUUCUCGGCUAUGUACUACGACGUAUACCCACCAGAAGAAAAGAAGAAAGAACCGACAGAAUUCAAGAUCGUGUGUCAAGGUCCGCGCGAGGAAAUCGUGGGUCUGCAUAUCCUGGGCCGAGGAGUAGAUGAGAUGAUGCAGGGCUUUGGUGUUGCCGUCAAAAUGGGCGCAACAAAGAAAGACUUUGAUAGUUGUGUUGCUAUCCAUCCGGUACGUUUUCCAUCGUCAUCCCUCCCGAUCUUGCUGUGCCACUUGGGAAGUCAGACUGCUUACAAUUAG